AUGCCUUCGCCCGCGCACUCCUCUACUCGCACUCUGUUGGGUGGGGUAGGGCUCGACGCCAGGCGUCAUUUCGUGCCACUCUAUGGCGUGCGACGACUGGUAGGCGCAGUCCUAUCCGUGGUAUCCCCUCCUCCCCCAUACAGUGGGUGUGUAGUGAUUAAUAGGGUGUGUCGCGAGUUAGCAUGGUUGGCGCCGGUAUUGAUAUCCGUGCAAAUACUGGCCGUACUGUCGACGGCACAGGUAGACAGGCCGCCGCACGCGCACCACAUAACGGCCCGCAUUAGACGGCAAACUUUUCCCAAUUAUAACUCAAACUUUAAUUUCCAAAACUUUUCAAACGCCAAUUCAUUCUUCCCUCCGCAACCGGAUCUAUCGUCGGCGUUCAGACAGCAGUUCCAGUCGAUAAACACCGGGAACUCGGACCAGGGAUUCAACACAAUCCGGCGUUUCCCGCAAUUCCCGUCCAGUAGU